AUGUUUCUUCCGGUUUUACUCUUUCUAGCCUACUAUUUUGUGUCCUUCACAACCGCUCAACAGGGCACGCCAAAAGUCAAUUAUUUGGGCGGCGAUCACUUCAGGCCAUGUCCAAACGAGCAUGAGGAGCGGGUCUGGUGCGCGCCGUUGCGGAAAUGUCGAGCCUGCGGAACUGUGCGGGCCGGUCCUGCUACACCGACCUGCUGGAACCUGUGCCGACACUACGAGUGCAUCUGCAAGAAGGGCUACAGCUACAACCCCAACGGGGAUUGUGUCAGGAAUUCGGACUGUGCCAAAUAUUUGGCUGACGAUAUUUUGCCAAAA